AUCAUUAGGUAUGAAAUAUAUUAAAUAUUAAACUUAGUAGUUAUUAGUUAAGUAGGGAAUAACUAAUUUAGUACAUGCACUACAAUACUUAAGCCGUGGUUUCCUACAACCACGCAUCCGUGAUUGCGUGGUGCGCGAUGCGCUAUUGCGCGAUCAAACUUGCGUGAUGCGUGAUGCGUGUUGCGUGAUGAUGUUUUGCUACACAGUGCGUGAUUAUGAGUGCGUGAUGAAAAUAUUUGUCAGUUGGUGUCCAGUUCUUCGCCAAAAUGGACGUGUUGACGCUUUAUAAUAUUUUAGAAGACGAAGCUGACGAAGAACUGUUGCUACUUGCAAAUUAUUUCAGGGAUGAAGAGGACGAAAUGUUUAUUGAACGAAGUAGAGAAGGAUGUUAUAAUAUUUUAGUUGAAAGACGCCUUAUAGAUAACGAAAUUAGAUUUCGUGCAUAUUUUAGGGUAUCACUUGAACUAUUCAAUUAUAUAUUAGAUUAUAUUAAAGAUGAUAUAAAAAGACGUCCAAGUAACAGAGUUAAAAGACCAAUAUCACCGGAGGAAAAACUCGCUCUCACUCUAAGAUUUUUAGCAACCGGAGAGAGUUACAGAUCUCUUUCAUUUCAGUUCAGAAUAUCGCACAGCUGGAUAAGUACCAUUAUAAAGGAAGUACUUGUAGCUAUUUGUAACCGAUUGAAAAAUAUAACAAUGCCAGAACCUACCGAACAUAGUUUAAAAAAAGUAUCCAAUGAUUUCUAUGAAAUGUGGAAUUUUCCGAAUUGCUGCGGCGCUAUUGACGGGAAACACAUAAGGAUCGUUUGCCCUGAUAGCUCUGGAUCACUGUAUUUUAAUUUUAAAUCAUUUUUUUCCGUUGUUCUAUUGGCUUUAUGUGAUGCGAAUAACAAGUUUCUAGUGGUCGACAUAGGGUCAUAUGGAAAAGAAGGAGAUGCAGGAAUUUUCCCUAAAUCAAAUUUGGGAAAAUUGAUUUCAACCGGAAAAUUUAAAUUUCCAGACCCAGAGUGCUUACCAAAUACUGAUAUAGUCGUGCCUCAUGUAUUUGUUGGUGAUGAAGCGUUUAAAUUAACGGAAACAAUGAUGAGGCCCUAUCCUCGAAAUCAAUCGAAAACAGAUCAAACGAAAGCCAUUUUUAAUUAUCGUUUAAGUCGAGCGCGAAGAACAACGGAAAAUACGUUUGGAAUUAUGUGUCAAAAUUUUCGAGUAUUUUUUACUCCAAUUAAUAUUCUUCCUGAGACAGUAGACAACUUAAUAAUGGCAUCGUGUAUUAUCCAUAAUCUAUUACGAGAUGAACGAAUGGUGUGUCCUACAGAUUCAACAGAAAAAGAUCCCAUAACGGACGUACAAACGAACAUGAUACAAUUAAGUGCAAUAGGGGGAAAUGCAACACAUGAAGCUUUUCGAGUCAGGGAAACUUUUAAAGAUUAUUUUAAUAGCAGGAUAGGAUCAGUGAGCUGGCAGCAAAAACACGUCACACGAACUAAUUGAAAUAAUAUUAUUGUAUACAUUGGGCUAUUUUUAAAAGUAUUUUCUAUAAUUUCAAUUUUGUUUUGUUUUAUUUUAUUUGGUAAUUUUAGAAUAAAGUAGAAUAAAUAUUUAUUUUUUCUUGUAUUCUCUUAUAAUAUUAUUUAAUUUAAAAAUAAACUCCAUAUUUUCCUUAUAUUAUUUAAAAAUGCAUUAUUUGAUUGUGCACUACGCCUCACUAAAAACCCAAGAGUCGCCAUAUAAUAUAAAUAAUAUGAAAUUCCGAAUCUAAAUUUGAUACAAUCAUAAUAAUAAAUAUUUAAAGAGUUUAAUUAUAUUGGCUAUUAAUUAUUUUAAUAAUCUUUAUCCAAUAAUACAUACCAUUUUU